GAAACACCUGUUCAAAUGUAUCUCGGGCUGUUGGAAACAUUAGAGAAGUGGCAGCAGGCAGGAUAAACUGGCACCUUCACCUACUGAUUUGUAAUUUAGAUGCAAUGAAAUCAUUACAUGAAUCUAAGAAUCUGCAUCUCUCUGUCAAGGAACUGGAGAAAAUUUUGGACAGUUGCAAAGUGGAGUUGACCCAAGUAGACGAAGUGUGGCCUAACCUUUAUAUUGGAAAUGUAGCAAUAGCCCAGGACAGGGGUGCAUUACAGAGCAUGGGUAUCACACAUGUAUUAAAUGCUGCACAUUCCAAACAGGGAAGCUUUGGCCACCAAAGCUUCUAUGGCAAGAAGAUAAAGUAUUAUGGCAUAGCUGCAGAGGAUUCCCCUGAAUUUGAUCUGAGUAUCUACUUCAAGAGUGCAGCUCAAUUUAUACACAAAGGACUGAAAAAAAAAGAUGGAAAGGUCUUAGUGCACUGCAUUCUGGGAAUGAGCAGAUCUGCCUCCUUGGUAUUGGCCUACCUCAUGCUAUAUCAUCAUCUCUCACUAGAGGACGUCAUCCGCAAAGUUAUUCAAACCAGAGCAAUUUAUCCAAACAGGAGUUUUCUAAAGCAGUUACUAGAUCUGGAUAUCCAGUUACAAAGCAAAUUAAGAAUGUGUCAGCUUCUUUAGUGACAACAUGUGGAAAAGAAGGAAAAGCAGUUCCUUUUAAUAAAUAUCUGUGGAAUAUUCCACUAGAUCUGAGUGUUACUGUAUUUUUUCCCUGUCAUAUAUAUCAUUUCCUCCAAGACAUGCAUACUAUACUAACAACCUGUUUCAGUCAUUAUAAAGGAUGGGACUGAGUAUUAUUUAUAGCGCAGGCUCAUAUUUACUUAUGGCUUUGCUAUACACUAAUGUGCACUGAGUCACAAUUAACCCACUACUGGACAGUUUCUGGGAAAAAAGUAAAAUAUUCAUGUAACUAAAUACAAAUCUGUGUUUCAUGUUUAAAAUAAUAACAUACAAGUUAGAUACCAUUAUAUUAUAAUACCAGAGUAUUACCCUGAAGCAAGUUAUGCAAUAGCAGGCCAAGAAUGGCAAAGUAUAGAACUAAAGAUGAACUGGUAAAGGAUAUCCAUCCAGCAGUACACUAUGUAACUCAUAUGUAACUUGCAAGACUGGACACCGUGCUACAGGGUUCAAGUAUGUGUUGCAGUGGUGCUGGGUGACAGCAGCUUUCCAUUUUUAAACAAGAAGAAAAUUCUGUUUCUGUUCACAUUGUAUUAGCCAGUUAUGACAUUUUAACUGAAUAGUACAGGUUACAUUACAACAUACAAUCAAAUGUCUGAUAAUUUCAAAUUACAUUGUUUUGAAACCAUUGUAUAUAUUAAUAGUUAUACUGUAGCUUUUAACAUAUGGAACUUGUAUGUACAGUAUAUAAUAGCUCCAUUCUAUGAUUUAAUGUUUUUGGGUGAAAGCAACUUGCAAAAUGCACUUCAUUCUACAAACUUUUUUUUUAUUUGAUUGUUUGAGAAUGGUAUUUAAAACACAUUAUCCACUAUUUUACCAAAUGUUUCUUUUGAAAUGUUGUAUGUUAUGAACCUGCUUAUCACUGGAGCCAACCUGGAAUAUGGGAACACAUCUAUUUUCCAGAUAUGAAGAGUGCAUUUGCACAAUGAACAACACUUCAUAGAAAUCCCAUGUGGUAGUUAUAGUUGCAUGGCCAUGACAGCUUAUCUAAGUGGACGUUGUAGAUUUGGAUUCACGUAGUCUUCAUAUUAGCAAGGUUUAAAUGGUUCAGUUCCAAAAUGUCUUUCUUAUUAAAAAAUAAAAUGUUUUGAUAUUCA